AACGAGUCUCUCACACCGGUGCGACAAUGAAGGCCGACAGACGCGUCGUUCAAGUGACGCCUUUGGUAUCAUACGCAUGGAGGAUGGAUGAGAGCGGCUGCGGCGUUUUGGGAAUCAUGCAAACAGGUUAGACUUAAGUUCGAGAGUCGAGCGGCCCCCGUGAUUCGGUCACCAUCAUAUUCAGGACAACAGGUGCCCCUCUGCGGGCGUGUAACAUGCACACUCCUGUCUACCGUCCAGCCGACAGGCCCGUAGGCAACUCUGGUCCGACGUCGCGGCUUGAGAACGAACCACCACACGCGCACGAUGAGCACCGUAGCUGCACCCAGGAAGAUCAACCCCCUCCUUGCCGCGUACUUGGCAAACCUCGUUGCGCAUCCCUUGCGGACAAGGCGAUCACUAGCGGUGAGUCGGGUCCUGCAGUUCAUCCAGGAGGUGCUCGCGACGCACCUCGCAGGCGUCCCUGCGAGGCGGGUCUCCAAGGAUGCCCCCUCUACGCGCACAGUCAAGGCUCCGAAAAUGACCCUGUACGGCAUGCUCAUAUCUGCGCCGAUGAGCCACGCGCUGACGAGCCUCGCGGCGAAGGUGGGGCAGCUGCUCGUGAGCAAUCUGGUUGUGGCGCCCAUCCAGAUCGCCGUGUAUCUGUCGUGCACGGCGGUAAUCAACGGUGCACGGACCGUGGACGACGUACGAAAGACCGUCAAGGCGGGCUUCAUGAAUGCUCUGCGUGUGACUUGGAUGACGCUUCCCCUUACCAUUGUGAUCGCGCAGAGGUAUCUUGCUCCCGAGCUUUGGGUGCCGUUCAUGAAUUUGGUCCAGUUCGUUACGGGGACCUAUUUCAACACGAAGAUGAAAAAGAUACGGAUGGCCAUGGAUGCGAAGGGCAAGAAGGAGGAAAAACGGGAGUAGCACCCUUGGCGGUACCACCCGGUCAGCCCUGUACUCCCGCGAGGUCGCCAGGUCACGCUAUAUCUCUGGCUCGAAUCAUCAGCUGCUUCCCUUGAGAUUGGCCGCUGGUAUUUCAAUGCACGAGGCGACCCGCUGCAACAUGUGUAGACCUAAUCUGGCAUCGGUGAGAUCGGGUAUACUGAGUACUGAGCAUUCGUAAGGAUCAGGCAUCCCAGCUGUCCUUGCUCGCCGUAAUGGGUUUGACUUGCCUCCGUUCAGUGCUUUCUCAGUACGCGUCACCUUAUGAUAGGUGUUUCUUAGCAUGACACAGGUUCAGUCCGCCAGAGUCGCAGCUUUGCAAGACAGCGAGCGAAAGCAGGACCUGCCGAUACGAUGUAUGCAUGUUCUCUGCGGCUGCCUGUAACAGACUGAAAUAUGUCAGCCAUGCCAAUCCGAAAUUGGCGGAACUUUUGUGACCUGGGAGGGAGAGGGACGGGUCUCGGCG